CCGGGAGAGGGCGGAACCUGGAGUAACCUCUCGAGGAGAGGCGCGGGUGUGUAGGCUGACGGAGGAGCGGGCCUGGGCCUGUGGCCUCACAGAGUCAAACCUGCUCUGGGAAGAACACCCAGUUGUCCCUCCCAGGCCACCCAAGCCCCACGGAUGAUGGACGAGAGGGAGGAGGAGGAGGAGGAGGAAGCCUGGCUGCAGCUUCGGCCCGUGGAACCCUUGCCCUCCCAGUGCUGUGGCAGUGGCUGCUCACCUUGUGUGUUUGAUCUCUAUCACCGAGAGCUGGCGAGGUGGGAGGCAGUGCGAGCCAGCAAAGACAGGAGCCUGCUGAGUGGAGAGGAGUCACAGAGCUGCCCUUCCAAGCUGAACCCAGAGACCUUCCUGGCCUUCCGCAUCAGUGCCAUGGACAGACUCACCAAGGACACUUACCGUGUUCGGUUUGCACUACCCAGGAACAGCCGGCUCGGCCUGCGGCCUGGACAGCACCUCAUCCUACGAGGGAAAGUGGAUGACUUAGAAAUUCAGAGAGCCUAUACGCCCAUCAGCCCUGCCAACGCGGAAGGAUACUUUGAAGUUUUAAUCAAGUGCUACCAGACUGGGCUGAUGUCCCGGUACGUCGAGUCCUGGAGCGCAGGAGACACCGCUUUCUGGCGAGGUCCAUUUGGAGACUUCUUCUAUAAACCAAACCAGUACGGUGAGCUCCUCAUGCUGGCUUCGGGCACUGGCCUGGCCCCCAUGGUGCCUGUCCUGCAGAGCAUAACAGACAAUGCAGAGGAUGAGACUUUUGUCACCCUGGUCGGCUGCUUCAAGACCUUUGAGGGCAUCUACCUGAAAACCUUCCUCCAGGAGCAAGCUCGUUUCUGGAAUGUCCGUACCUUCUUCGUACUCAGCCAGGAGAACUCUCCGGAGCAGCUUCCCUGGAGUUACCGGGAGAAGACCCGCUUUGGCCGCCUGGCCCAGGACCUGAUUGAAGAGCUGGUUGGCUCCUGUCGGAGAAAGCCGUUUGCAUUGGUCUGUGGCUCAGCAGAGUUUACCAAGGACAUGGCCAGGUACCUGCUGUGCGCAGGCCUGGCCGAGGACUCCUGCUUCCUCUUCUAGCCCUCGCCAGGGUUCUGCCACUGGGACACUGGAGGAAGCACGGACUUGAGUCAGAAAACAUGAAGAGCAGGCCUGGCCCUGCCGCUAACUGGCCAGGUGACCUAGGUGAAGGAAGGUCUUUGCCUCUGCGCACCUCCACCUCCCAUCUACCCCACGGGGUGGCCAACUCCCUCAGGCAGACAUAUUGCUGUGUAGAAGGAGGAUGGGGCCACAGGAGCUCUUAGGAGGAGAGCUACCAGCCUGGGAGUCAAGGGCUCCCUGGAGAAAGGUCCAUGCUAAGCCGUGGGAUGGAUAGGAGUUGGCAGGAGAAGGUACAGGAGGAGCUUCCCAGGUUCCUUAGAUUAGGGGGCUUGGGGACCCCCAUCUGCCCCUGCCCUGUAAAAGUCUGUUCAAAAGUCUGCUUUCCCUGGAAGAUGUGUCUCCCUGCUGUGGCCUCAGGACUGGCUCAGAUAUGUUGCUUGCAAAUGUCUAGGGAAUGAGCGUAGGGGUAGCUAAGAGCUCUUUGGAGGAGGAACCUGCCUUAUGUACCUCCAGUGCCUCAAGCCUGACACAGCAGUCUCAGCUUCUGUGACCUGAUCACAUUCUCCGAGCAAGGUGGGCCCUGGAUUACUUUUAUUUCGUAUCGGGCCCAGGCCUUUCCUACUGCAAACAGCUUCACUCUCUGUCUCCCUUCCCCUGUCUCAAGAGCAAGAGUCCUUUCCUGAGCAAAAGAGAUAUGGAAACAAACACCCCUCCCUCCCGCAGGCAGCCAGCUCAGCCUGCCUUCAGCUCCUCCGGAGUCCUGGUGAUGGUUGCUAUGGAGAUCUAAAGAUAGAGCAGGAGUCAGGAGACCUGGGUCCUUCUCUCUGCUCUGCCCACUGAGCAGCUGCUGAUUCCGCUCCACCCCCGCUGCCC